AUGGAUCGUCUAAGAAGGCUGGAGCAGUUGAUCUCUAUCAGAGACGACUCAGAAAAUGACCCGGAUCAGUUACGUUCUAACCAUGAUUUGAACCCGACUCCGCCAAAGGAGAGAACUUGGGAGAUGUACAACUACUUCAUUGUCUGGUUUCAAAAUUCUCUCACAGUUACAGCAUGGAACACAGGCCCCUCCUUGGUGUUGUCGACAGGACUUGACUACCGCCAGGUCAUUUAUGCUUCUCUUAUUGCCAGCUUCUGGGCUGCUCUGAUGGUGACAGCCAGUGCUUGGCCCGGUGCGUCCUACCACAUUGGAUACCCUGUUCUGGCCAGAAGUGUGUUUGGUCCUAGACUUGCAAAGUUCUUUGUUUUGGCCCGUAUGUUUGUGGCUGCUAUGUGGUUCAGUGUCAAUACUUAUAACGGCGCAAUGUGCUUUGUUGUCUGCUUCCGCUGUGUUUUCGGCCAUCGCUUUGUGAAUCUCCAUAACGGCCUACCUGCCAGCGCUGACAUCACCACUGCCCAGAUGGUUGUCUUCUUGGUCUUUUGGCUGGGACAAUUUUCUCUUAUGUUUUUACAUCCACGUCAAAUCAGAUGGUUUUUCACGGUGAAGGGAUUUUUGAGUCCCAUCGCGUGCUUUGGAAUUUUUAUCUUCUGCAUGGUGAAGGCAGGCGGAGCUGGAAACUUUGAGAUCGAAAAAGGAACUUUCAACACUUCAACCGGAAACAAGUGGAUGUAUGUCUUCAAUUCUGUUGCUGGUGCGCUUUCUCCUAUGAUUGUGAAUCAGCCAGAUGUUGCUCGUUACGCUAAAAGAAAAUCUCAUGUGUUAAUUCCUCAGGCUGUUGGUGUGAUCCUCACCACCAUGCUCGUUCUGAUUUUGGGUAUGGCUUGCAACUCUGCAUUGAAAAAAGUUUAUGGCGAGUCUUACUGGAGUAUUUGGGAUAUGUUUAACGCAAUUCUGGAUCACGAGUGGUCCGCAAAAACCCGUACUGCCAUCUUCCUGUGCGCUUUGGUAUUCUCGCUCUCUGCUGCUGGUACUAACGUGUUUGCCAACUCCAUUCCGUUUGCUGCAGAUAUUGCCUUUUUGGUUCCUAGAUAUUUCUCUAUUGUCCGGGGGCAAAUCUUCAUUGGUUUGCUGACAUGGGCUCUGGUUCCAUGGAAAACAGUCAAUUCUGCUGAAACGCUCUUGAACUUCCUGAGUUCCUAUUCCAUCUUCAUGGGUCCGCUUCUGGGAUGCAUUCUCGCGGACUUUUUUGUGCUCAGAAAGGGCAACUUGCACGUUCCGUCUCUUUAUUCGGCCAAGCCAGGAUCACUGUACUGGAAAUGGCACGGUUGCAACAUGUGGGGAUUAUUCGCAUGGAUCAUUUCUCCGGUGAUUGCCCUCCCUGGGUUUGUCCGACUUUAUCACCCAAACAUUUUAAAUGAGACGGUGAGUGAUAUCUUCAACUGUGGUUGGCUGUACACGUUCCUCAUCGGGUUCACAACAUACAUCAUUCUUGGCCUCAUUUUCAAGCCAAAAAUAUAUCCAGACAACCAUGCUGAUACGCCAACCACCUUUGAAUAUAUGGUGCCGUAUAACGGAUUCUUUGAGGACGACGCUCCUAUAAAUGGAGUUGGCAAUCCAGCGGUCACACCUCCGGAAGCCAGCGAUGUGGAAAGCGGCAGGGUGGAGGAAAUCAAGGACGACCAGAUCCUUCUGCGCGAAAAAACCAUCGACUAG